AUGAAGCUUUAUUACCAAGUUAAACGCUGGAGUCCCCCCGGAAUACGCGCCAUCACAGGGCUCGGCGAUUUGGUGGCGUUCGCUGGGUGUAGCAUGCAUUCAAAGGUUACCCAUUUUGACGAAGUGUACUUAAACCUCUUGGAGCAAACCGUCAAAACGCUCGAAAAGCAAUUUGGCUACGACAAUAGUACAUUAUUCUGUCUCCUUACAGGAGUAAAGGGAUUAUAUCUUUCAAUGAUCUCGCAAGGUGCAGACCACGCUGGGUACCAGUGCUGUCAAUGCCUGCGCCCACGAAAUGACACCCAGGGACCUAUGGGGGACAUGCAUAUAAAUCAUCAGCCAUAUUCUUUUUGUUCCUCUGGUUUUUCUCCCAACCAGUCUCAGCAGGAGUCGCUGCGUAACGGGCUAUGUGGAGCAGCAAAUGCAAAUGGGAUUGCGCAGGAACAAGAAGCACAGUCAGGAUGCUCCUGUGCAGUGAUGCAAGAUUAUUGCCAUUGUCCUUCAAUAGCCCCAAAGAUGAUAAGCAAGGAUUUCUUUACUUGCGGGGCUACGAAGCGUUCACAAAAUACUGAUGUGUGGGAAGUGUAUCACCCUUUGCAGGGCUGCUAUCAUGAUCGUCGAGUCGACCAUUUUACGGAUCCCUCUCCGAGGCAGCAAGUGCACGGAACAGGAGCUGUACUGACUGAUGCUCCGCUUUCAUCCACUCAGGCUCAAGCAGAAAUGCGUCAAAUAGAAUAUGAAUAUUACGUAUGGGAUACGACGACUCAGGAAUAUGUGCAAACGGAUCAGGAAACAGGAGAAAAGAUGCUUCAAAACCCCCACUACUUCCAGUAUCACUACAGACUUGUCGAGAACACGAACAACGGGGAGGCACAGCUUCUGCCUGAGCCACUGGAUGAACUGGGCUGUCCACUUUAUCAGAGAAAUUCAGAGCAAGAAAGCCAUCCUCACGUGGAAGCUGAUCACUUGUACGAUCAACAGUUCACAGAGGAGUUAGAUGACGCCAGCGGUGCUGCCUGUGUUCAUGCUACUUCUGGAUAUCAGGCCACACCGGAAUCACUUGUACCCCCGCGACAAGAGCGGUGCUGCGUGCCGAAGUCGACUCAUCUGCGGUGCUGCACGCAUGCGGUACGGAACACCUUGAGGUGUAACCAUCAAGCUGUUGGAAAAGAAAACUUCGCGUCUCCUAAAUGCGGGGGCCACAAGAAGGUGCUUCAGCUUGAGCGCUUCUGUGGAGAAGGCAUCGACACAUGCGAGGCAAGUGCUGAAGCACCCCAUACUGGUUGCCGCAGGAUACCAACAGGAAAAAAUGUCCGCCCGCAAUUGGACGCAACUCAUCCUUCACAUGCCAACAAAAGCUUCUAUAGUUCGUGCAGUAGGCCGUGGCAAAACUCGCCUGCAAGUAUACGAGAUCGAGAGUUGCAGGUCCGGCAGUUGAGGCAUCUUAAGCGAUUGCAGCAGCUAGAAAAAGACGAGCUGCUCAGGCGCCAAAUGAUGCUAGACACUUUGGCAGCAACUCUGCCCACUUCGACGGAUCAUGCUGCGACUUCAGAGAGGAAUGGAACUCAUAGACAGAAGAGCCGUCCUGCUAGCUAUACCCGUAUGUCAGGAAGCAAAACCAUUCGGCCUUCCCCACGAUGCCCUCCGGAGGGAAAUCGAAAAGUGCGCAACGAUCCAGUUAACCGAGGGCGCUACUUCAGGGCUAAGUGGAAAAGCGACCGAUUUUUGGAGCAACAGAAACAUCCAACAUUCGACGUAAAGGCAUACGAUGCAUGGUUAAAAAGUAGUGGGCAUCUACUAAGGGGGAAAGUCCUCGAGCUUCAGCUAGAGGAGCAACGACUGCUCUCAAAGCUGAAACAAGAGAGGCCCUCACACUCAAAGUGA